GUCCUAUUUUUAUUCCAGGUUUGUCCUUAAAUAUCUAUGAAGGCCAGAUCACAGCACUGCUGGGUCACAGUGGGGCUGGGAAAACCGCUCUGUUGAAUGUGCUCAGUGGAUUUUCCAAGCCUUCAGCAGGCUCUGCCACGAUCUACAACUACAAUGCUUCUGAAAUGUGGAAUAUGGAAGGAAUGCAGGAAAGGAUUGGGAUUUGCCCCCAAAUUAAUUUGCAUUUUGAAGCCUUAACGGUGAAGGAAAACCUGAGAAUUUUUGCUCACAUCAAGGGGAUCCAGUGGAAGGAAGUAGAUGAAGAGGUGCAGAAAGUUCUCGUCACGAUGGACCUCACUGAUGUUCAGAAUGUUUGUGCUGAUGCCCUGAGUGGGGGACAAAAACGAAAACUGUCUCUUGGAAUCGCAAUUUUAGGGGAUCCCCAGGUGCUGCUCCUGGAUGAGCCCACGGCGGGGCUGGAUCCCUGCUCCAG